AUGGAUUAUGAAGAUACUAGAGAUUUAGCAGAUUUAUUUAUUAAUAAAUUAAAUGAAUUUAUUGUUGCAAUCGAAAAGAAAAAAUCCACUGUAUUUUACCAAUCUUCUGAUAGUAGUAUUAGUGUUGCCAAUAAGUUAACCUCCCACUCAACCAACAAAAGCUCAAACUAUUCUGAAUAUAAAAUUCAAAACAAUGCAAACAAUAAUAAUAAUUGUAAUCAAAAUGUUGGUUAUGAAACAAAAGAACUUCAAUCACAAAUACAAGUUCAAUCACAAUCUCAACAGCACCCAAUAAAAAAUAAUGACAGAUAUUGUUAUCAAAGGAAACAAACAAAUGAAAAGCCAUCACAAAUAGGUUAUUUAAUGAAUUGUAAUGAUGAUCUCAAUCAACAAUAUCAAAGCAGUUAUUUUGCCCAAAAUCCAAUUCAAACAUCUCAACACCUUGUUCAUUCACAAAUAAACCAAAUUCCUCCACAAGAACAACUAAGAAAUCAAAACCCAAUUCAAACAUCUCAACACCUUGUUCAUUCUCAAAUAAACCAAAUUCCUCCACAAGAACAACCAAGAUACCAAAACCAAAACAUUCAACCAAAUCAAGUUAGUCAUACCAUUAAUCCACACCUAUUAAAACAUUUGAAUCAAACAGAAUUUCAAACAAAGGAGAGAUUAAAGGAAAUACAAAUUCAAAAAAAUAAAUAUUUAAAUAAAAUAUUUGACCUCAUUUUAGAAGAAAAAACAUUGAAUUCUAAAUUGUUAAAUAGCCAAUAG